UACAAUUUUUAAAAAGAACUUGACGACAGAUUCUGGAAGAAGCGGAUUGUGGAAGAAUUUUCCGGAAUCUAGAUUCGAUAGAAUCCCUUGUGAAAAGAACUAGCCCAUAUGUGCAAGAUACGUGCUCCCAGCCUUUUGUAUUUUGCACAUGGCCAUUUUGAUCGGUUCCCAUCCAUCGGUUUGGAUAAACGAGGCGCCAUGUUUGUAGGAUCUCCGGUGCCCAUUUCUCACCCUCUCGCCCUUGCACGCCUCCAAACAAGGAGGCAGUUGCGCUCCGCAACAAAGGCGAUCACACCAUGCAUGCAUGCAUGCACGCACACUAGUGACUGAUGCGCCGAGAUAAACAUCACAUCCGCGCAUCGUCAAACGAAAACGAUCAUCAAACGUCUCCCUACUACUCCCUCCGUAAAGUAAUAUAAAAGCAUUUAGAACACUAUUUUAAUAAUCUAAACAUUCUUAUAUUUCCUUUGUAUCAUAAUAUUUGUAGUUGGAGAGAACUAGACUAGUGUUCCCAACAACAAGUAUUUAGGUACGGAGGGAGUAUUAGUUUACAGAGGGAGUACUAGUUACUUGUUACCCCGGUUAACAGCUCCCAUGGCCGCCGUGACCUCCUCCUCUCCCUCGUGCCCCAAGCCCAAGGCCGCCAAGCCGGCCAGGUACUGCCUGUGCGCGCCGACGACGCACCCGGGCUCGUUCCGGUGCAGGCUGCACCGCCUGACGGCGGCCCGGGCCAAGGCGGCGGCGCCUUCUUCGGAGCCAGAGACGGCCAAGGAAUCCGCAGCGGCGGCCGAGAGGAAGGAGGCGACAGCGGCGGCCGCCGCACGCGCAUUGCUCGCACGGGUGCGGGUGGCGCGGACGCCCGGGCGGGAUGCUGGGAGGAGGAUCAGGGAGUUUCAGCCUGGGCCUUCCAGGCUACGGAUCAUGGACAGCGGGUGACUAGUCUCCGUCCGUCGCAUGAUCAGGUGAUAUGCGAUAUUUAUUUUGAAAUCGGAUCGUGGUGUACAUGUAAAAGGAUUGGAAACUUUGGAGCGCCUAUUGAAGUUCGGAAUAGCCAUAUCUGUGGUUUAUGUUUUUUCCUUCCAUUCACAAAUGCAAAAUGUCUGGGUUGAACUCUACAAGUAUGGUAGGGAAGUCUCUCUAAGUUUGGCAUUUUCUCGAUGAAAAUACGACGGUUUUACUUUU